UCUGUCUCCAUGUUUGUUCACAGGGUCCGGGUAAAGAAGGCAGGGUCACCUGUACCCAGCUGUCUGUCUAUGAAGAGUGAUCAUUCAAUGCAUCUUCCAUUCAGCUUCAGUGGAGAGUUCACAGGUGAUCAAAGAAUUCCCUGCUCACCGGAUUUAAGUCUUUUAGACGAGGAGAGUUCAGAGAAAGUUUCCCCCAUAAAACAGUUCUUCCUGCGCACUCUGAUGAAGCUGAAGAAGACUGAAAAGUUGAAACUGUUUCAGAGCCAUCUGAGUCAGGGUUGCCCAGAAUGCUUUAAUAGUAGAAGAACAGAAGAUCCUUCUGUACUGGAUACGUUUAUGAAGAUGAAGGAAUUGUUCAAGAGUCAUCAAAUUGCUGAUUACCCAGAAUGCACUGAGAGAGAGCAGGAGGAUCCUGAGGCCCUGUACAUAGUUGAGAAGAUGCUGGAGACCUGUGGCAUUGAGGGGUCUCUGAAGAUCACACUCCAUAUCCUGAGGAACAUGAAGAAGAAGGAUGUCACUGACCCACUGGAGAGAGAUGAGCAGCACAAUGAAUUCAAAGAAAGAGCCCAGCAGGCACUGAAAACUCAUCUGAAGAAGAGGUUUGAAUGCAUAUUUGAAGGUUUAGCAAAGCAGGGCCACCAAACCCUCCUCAAUGAGAUCUAUACAGAGCUCUACAUCACUGAGGGGGGAAGUGGGGGGGUCAAUGAUGAACAUGAGAUCAGACAGAUUGAGAUAGCAUCGAAGAGACAAACCACACAUGAGACUGCAAUCAUCUGCAAUGACAUCUUUAAGCCUUCACCUGGACAAGAGAAACCAAUCAGAACUGUGCUUACAAAGGGCAUCGCUGGCAUUGGGAAAACAGUCUCUGUGCAGAAGUUCAUUCUGGACUGGGCAGAUGGAAAAGCCAAUCAGGACAUUGAUUUCAUCUUCACUCUUCCUUUCCGAGAUCUGAAUCUGAAAAAGGAGAGAGAAUUUAGUCUCAUGGAACUUCUGCAGCAAUACUUUCCACAACUGAAAGAGAUCAAAAGUUUUGAAGAUGAUGAAGUCAAAGUUGUGUUCAUCUUUGAUGGUCUGGAUGAGUGUCGACUUCCUCUAGAUUUCCAAAGCAAUGAGAUUUGCUGUGAUAUAACAGAGUCAUCAUCAUUGGAUGUGCUGCUGACCAACCUCAUUAAGGGGAAUCUGCUUCCUCUGCCCUCCUCUGGAUCACCUCCCGACCAGCAGCAGCCAAUCAGAUCCCUCCUGAGUGCGUCCACCAGGUGACAGAGGUACGAGGAUUCAAUGACCCACAGAAGGAGGAGUACUUCAGGAAGAGAAUCAGAGAUCGGAACAAGGCCAGCAAAAUUAUCUCACACAUAAAGUCAUCCAGGAGUCUCUACAUCAUGUGUCACAUACCAGUCUUCUGCUGGAUUUCUGCU